AUGAAGACAGUCUACGAAGGUAUCCUCGAAAUGCUAACCUUCUUCCUCUCCCUUCUUCUUCCAGGGGCCUCCCUGGCUGCCGUCGACAGCUUUUACCCGCCCCUGAACCACACCACCUACAUCACCAAUGCCUCGCUGGGCACAUACGGCGGUGUCUUUCAUGCCCCGUCGGACAAAGCUAGCCCCACGGGCGACAGCGUCUACAAUUACUGUACCAUGCCUCAUCCGCAUGUAGACACUUACUCCCUGCCCGCCCCGGUGCGGAAUGGCUCCGUGGACGCAAAACUAGUGUAUCUCGAGUACGUCCAACGGCAUCAGAGACGCACGCCGUACAAUAUUCUUCCGGGUGGAGAGAACCAAGAAUACAACUGCGACACAAUCCACCCACACCUCUUCGCCUCCCCCUCAUCCGGCUCCCCGGCCCCAGCUCAAGUCUACGGACAGGCAUACACAGACCCCUCAAACCCAUUCCUGUACCUAUCCAACUACGUCAACGGCACCUGCCAGUACCCACAACUCACAAUCGGCGGGUACCUAGACGGGGUCCAGCACGGGCGCGACCUGCACGAGCUCUACAGCAAGAAACUCAAUCUUAUCCCGUCAACUCUGACCCAAGCCACCAAGGACAAAGUGUGGUUCCGCUCCAGCUCCGCAGCGCUGACGCAGGGGUCCGCCGGCGCCGUCCUCCGCGGUCUCUGGCCGACUUAUACCGGUCCGCUACCAUUGCACCAGCAGCCUGCCAGCAUCGACAGCAUUAAUCGCGGAUUUUCGUGCCCCAAGCGUGAUACGCUUCUUGAUAGGAUCCAGAGUACGACCGAGUGGGACGAGCAUAUCGCUGUGACUGAGCCCCUGCGCACUAAGCUGGCGGAUAUGUUCAAUGCGUCUUCCGACGCUGCCUGGAUGGAUACCUGGGACCAUUUCGCGGAUAACUUCCAGGGCCGGCUGUGUAACGGGUAUGAGCUUCCUUGCUCUCUACACGACACCUCGGCGUGCGUGAGCGACUCCCAGGCAGAGGAGGUCUUCCGCGCCGGCGACUGGAUGUACAAUUACUGGUGGCGGAAGAACCCGGAUGUCAGGGAGUAUAUCCAGGUUAUUGAAGGGCUGUUUAUUAGUGAGCUGGUGAGGAAAUUUGAGGCUGUGCAGAAGGGGGAGACUGGUGUUGUGUAUAGUCAUACGUUUGCGCAUGAUGGCGAUAUUGCGCCGCUUUUGGGGGCGAUGGGCAUUCGUGCGCUUAGAUGGCCGGGGAUGGGGAGUAAUGUUGCGUUUGAGGUUUGGGAGACAUCUACACAUGAAUUCUUUGCGAGGGUGUUGUAUAGCGGGCGGACGAUCGAGACGGUCCAUGGGGUGCUCGAGUGGAUUCCGUUGGGCAGGCUGAUUGAGAUCCUGAGCGUGUUUGUCCCUGAUGAUAUUGUGGCUCUUUGUAACUCAUAG